CACGCCCCGCCCCAUAGGCUCCGCCCCUACACCGGUGCCCGCUCUUCCCAGCACCCGCCGGCUCCCCUCUUCUGCUCCCGAGCCUCAGCCCCGCACCCCCAGCCCUACCCAGCUCCUAUGGGCACCCCACUUUGGCUCUCGGGGCUCUCGGUGCCUGGCCCAGCCUUUACCUCCGGGUGUGACCCUCAGUUCUUUGUCCUUUGAAGUCGGGCAGUUUCCUCCCCGGAGACAAUGCUUGCGGGUGUGGGCUUCGGGUGUACGAGGCCGGAAGCUCAGCGUGCUUGCGGGAUGGGGAGUAAAGAUUGGGGCUUGGGCAUUUUAGGAAAGAUUUUUAAAUUCCGAAUGAAGAAUUGCUAAGGAAACCCCUGGAGCCUGGCCUGAAAACUGGAGCCCCUGAGUUUAUCUCGCCCAGGGGGCCAAGUCGGGCUCCCAGCCCACCUCCUCCCAGUGCAGUCCCCUCUCCCCGGCGCCUUUGUCUCCUGGGUUUUCUCUGCAAGUUGAACCCUGUGCGAGCGCAACCUAGCGAGGCACUUGAGUGUAAACGAGGCCUUUCUGUGACCAAGAUCCAGGCAAACGCUGAUUUUGCCUACCUGGGUUGGUUUUAAUGGCGUUUGCCUGGCGGCGCAUUACCUUUGGUCUGGGUCAGCUGGCUACGUAUGGUGUUUCGCCUCUCUAAGGGGUUUGCCAGCCCCUGUGGAAAAGUCUCCCUUCUGUUUACUCAGUGUUGUGAAAUAUGGUUUUGCACAAUGCUAUUGUGUCUCCAAAACGAACAUUAAAGUAUGUUUUUGGUUGCAUGUGAGCCCUGUAUAUUUGAAAGCAAGCGAGAAAAUAUUUAGAACCUAAUUAAGCUAAUCUCUACUACUUGAGGUUUGAAUUAAGCCUAUACUCUCUUCCACCUCCUGUACGUAUACUGAUCAUUAUCCACCAAUGUUACAUUUUCAUGAAUAGCUUAUAGUAAGAACCAGAGACACGAUUUCAAAAUACGUUAAGGUAAGCCGGGGAUGGUGAUAGCUCACGCUUGUAAUCCUAGCAGUCUGGGAGGCUGAAGCAGGAGGAGUGCCUCCUCUCCUUAACACUAACGAACAGCUAUUUCAGUACAGAUUUGUUUCCAAAAUUUAUUUUUAGCCACAAAGUUCCUUUAAAAUAAGCCGAAACCUAUGGCUCUUUACAAGUUGAGUAACUGGUAUAAUGAUGAAACAAAACGAGUUAAGUGCAGCAGCACUCUAUUUCAGGUGAUGUAGCCAAGAGGAAGAAACCACUGCCUUCUGGUAGUUUUUUUAUUAUGUAAUGCGGCUUUUACUAUUUUAUAAAGAUCUGCAUACAAUUGUUUCCACAUAUUCUGUGAAAUUAUAUUCAAUAUUAAACACGGUUUUGUAAACAUGUAAGGCAGAAAAUGAAUGAAAUGCUCAUGCAGUGAAUUCUUUACCAUAAGGAUUCAAAUCAGCAUUUUUCUGUUGUCAGAUUGGCCUGGUGGACUUGAGAAGGAAUUCCCUUUGGACUAGGUCCAUGGUAGAUAGUAUCCAGAACUGGUGUUAGUACCUAAGUUGUAUUGUUUCCCAAAUGAAUAUGCUCCUCGGGAGACUGGCCCAUUGCCACUGGCGAAUCGUGAUCAGCCAGAAUCCUCAGCGAGUACACUGGUAGUGUGCUUGAAUUCAUUUUCUGUGUAUGUUUUAGUGCUGACGCUUGCCACUCAAAUUAGACCUGCUUUUAGUGUAUCAUUUUACCUUGGCGAUCUAUUAUUCAUUACCUGAGUGCAUGAGGAAGGCAGUGUUGUGAUGCACACAUUGUUAAAUGUCUUGGUGAGACCGUACUUUGUGUUUUUAACGUAUGUAAUUACAUUUAAGAUCAAGCAAGGCUUAGUUUUGUUUGUUACUGAUUUUCUUCUGUGAAGAUGGAUUUGUUACAUAGGGGUUGUAGUUGAUGACUUUUAGAUAUUAAUAUGUUUGCUGCUGCUACCAAGAGCUUUGUCAAGCAAGUUGGAGAUGGAGGGAGAUUAGUUCCUGUUCCAAGCCUCAGUGAAGCCGACAAAUACCAACCUCUAAGUCUGGUGGUAAAAAAGAAGCGAUGCUUUCUGUUUCCCAGAUAUAAAUUUACCUCAACACCUUUUACACUGAAAGAUAUUCUCCUAGGAGACAGAGAAAUUUCAGCUGGUAUUUCAUCUUAUCAGUUACUGAAUUAUGAAGAUGAAUCAGAUGUUUCACUGUACGGACGUCGAGGCAACCAUAUUGUAAAUGAUGUUGGGAUUAAUGUUACUGGAUCAGACUCCAUUGCAGUAAAAGCUUCAUUUGGCAUAGUUACCAAACAUGAAGUGGAAAUAUCAACAUUACUGAAAGAAAUUACUACACGAAAGAUUAACUUUGACCACAGCUUGAUACGACAGUCAAGGAGCAGCAGGAAGGCGGUGUUGUGUGUGGUCAUGGAAAGCAUUCGGACCGCGCGGCAGUGUUCACUGUCUGUGCACGCUGGCAUUCGAGGGGAAGCAAUGCGGUUUCAUUUUAUGGAUGAACAGAAUCCCAAGGGGAGAGACAAAGCUAUUGUUUUUCCAGCACAUACAACCAUAGCUUUCAGUGUUUUUGAACUCUUCAUUUACCUGGAUGGUGCCUUUGACCUUUGUGUCACUUCAGUGUCAAAAGGAGGAUUUGAAAGGGAAGAAACAGCAACAUUUGCACUACUCUACAGACUGAGAAAUAUACUCUUUGAAAGAAAUCGAAGAGUGAUGGAUGCCAUUUCUCGCUCACAGCUUUACUUGGAUGAUCUUUUUUCUGACCACUAUGACAAACCUCUCAGCAUGACUGAUAUUUCACUCAAGGAAGGGACUCACAUCCGGGUUAACUUGCUCAAUCACAACAUUCCCAAAGGGCCUUGCAUACUCUGUGGAAUGGGGAACUUGAAAAGGGAGACAGUCUAUGGCUGCUUUCAGUGUUCUGUGGAUGGACAGAAGUAUGUUAGACUUCACGCAGUCCCUUGUUUUGAUAUUUGGCACAAGAGAAUGAAAUAAAAAGAAAAAUGAAUAUACU